UUGCCUCCCAGGCCUUCUUCCUCCUCCUCCUCUCUCUCUCUUUCGUCUGUCGUUUCGCUCCACUCUUCUUCGCAGAGCGAGCUCUUUUGCGUGCUUUCUUUACCGGCUAAUGGAGGAACAAUUGUAUUGAAGUCAGGAAAAAGGGUGUGUGGCCAACCAGUAUGAAAAGCAAUGAAGCUACAACUCCUUCAAGGGCCAACAAAGGAUCUUCUCCUGUGAAGUUGCAGGAGCCGCUUGCAAAUCCUCCAUAUCCUGAAUGGGCAGCUAUGCAGGCGUAUUUUGGAGCUGGAAUGAUGCCACCUCCAUAUUUUAGCACUGCAGUUGCUCCCAGUCAUGCACCUCAUCCAUAUAUGUGGGGCCCCCAGCCUCUGGUUCCUCCUUUUGGGUCACCAUAUGCUGCAAUCUACCCGCAUGGGGGAGUCUAUACUCAUCCCUCAGUGCCUCUUGGUUCUCAUACACAUUGUCAAGGGAUCUCACCAUCUCCAGCAACAAGUGAAGCAGUAGUGCUGGCAACUCCUUUAAGUGUAGAAAUGCCUGCAAAGUCAUCAAAACAUAAAGAUAAAAGCCUGGUAAAAAAGCUUAAAGGGCUUGAUGGUCUUGCCUUGUCUGGGGGCAAUGGCAUCAUCGAGGACAGAGAUCAGGCUGAUGGGAACAGUGGGUAUAACAGCACAGAAGGCUCUAGUGAUGGAAGCAAUGGAGAUAAUGCAGAAGGGGGAACAAAAGACCAAAGAAGGCAAAGAUCUGAAGACGGACCAUCCUCAGACAAAGCUAAAGUUAGCGAACGGGUCAAACCUGGUCACACUGAGGAAACAGGUACAUCCUCAAAAGCAGCUGCAGGUGUUACUGGAACACCUGUUAUCACAGCAAAACCAGUAGGAACUGUUCUUUCAUCUGUCCCAGCACCAGGGAUGGACAUAAGAGUUUCCAGUGCCAACAAAGUGAAAGGCAUUGGCACACCUGUCCCACUGGCAACUGGUGCUGUGGUCCCCAGCCGUAAUAGAGCGACUCCUGAACUCUGGAUGAAGGAUGAGAGAGAACUAAAAAGGGAAAGGAGGAAACAGUCUAACAGAGAAUCAGCUAGGAGGUCAAGGCUGAGGAAACAGGCAGAAACCGAGGAACUUGCUUUGAAAGUUGAGAGCCUGAGUGCUGACAAUACAAAUCUCAGAUCUGAAAUUAGUCGCCUGAAGGAGAAUUCAGAUAAACUGAGAUUGGAAAAUUCUGCCCUAACGUGAAUCAGAUAGUGAAUCGCAAUCUCUCUCGGUUCACAUCUCGGAGUCGAGGUGCCACAUCCUGAGAUUUGCACCACCCUCGCCUCUUUAAAAGGAGGCCUGAAGUGAAGACGGGAUGAAUCCCAAUAUCAUCAUCAGUUAGAACACAGAAAAAGGCAGGAGUGGAGCGACGCAUGGGGAUGUCUUUCUGUACUCCUCUGGGCGAAACGGCCGAGCAGCGCAUGCGCAGAUGGCAGGUCACUGACAGCCAUUACAUCAAAUGCAAGGUCGUAUGCUUACAAACUUUUAAGUGCUUUUAAAGCGGAGAGGGAGGUCAUGUGUGUCCGUCCGUCCGUCCAUAGGGCGUUCGAUGAAUUGACUCUGCGGUCUAGUUUUUGUUGACAGGAGCUCGGGGUGUGCUCACCUGCCACCUCGGCGCUCGAGCAGAUGCCCUGCGCGCUACGCUCCCUCUCGUGGGCAAGCGGCCCCCAAGGCGGAGUUAGGUGAGACCACGCCCACGUGAUCUCCUGUCGCCGGUCGCUCCUACGCCGAGCCUCACCUUUCUUUUCUUGGCUUCUAAUGACCAUCCGCAUUAUUCUAGCAUCACAAAGACCACGAGCCCUGCGUUUGCGGUCACCUCCCGGUGUAGCAAACCGGCGGCUCUGACGCCGAAAAGGCGAGAAAGGAGGGGGCGCAGGGGACUUACCCCCUCGUUUGAAUUUUGAUCCUUGUCCGCCCCCUCGAGGCUUGUCACCCGCCUUACUCGACGCGGGGCCCGCAUGAAAUCCGAGGUGGGCCCCU